AUGGGUAUUCCUGGACUCUGGGAUUUCAUCUCCGACUGCAAAGAAAUUGUCAAACUUGCCGAAUACGCAACGCAGCAUUUCGAGCAAUAUAAAAGACCAUUGCGAAUCGCCGUUGAUGAGGCAACUUGGAGACAUAAAUUAUACAUCAGUAAUAAAGCGAAACUUUGUAAAGAAUAUUCUAAUCUCCAUCUCAACGAGCGAAAUCUUGUAUCUGUUGUUCUACGGCUCUUGAAGUUAAACAUUCAGCUCGUUUUCGUAGCAGAUGGUCCGGAUAAACCUGGCGAGAAAUAUGGUGCUAAAGGAGGGGGAGUGUGGAAAUAUAAAAGCGAAGUUUUGCAAGAUUGUUUGAGGCUUUUGGGAGUGAAGUGGCAUGAGGCGCCUGGAGAGGCGGAAGCAGAAUGUGCAGUGUUGCAGAGGAGAGGUGUGGUGGAUUGUGUUUGGACGGAGGAUGGCGAUGCGUUGAUGUUUGGGUGUGGAUUCUUGAUGAGGUUUUGUUAUAGUGAUGAGGAAGAGGGAAAUUGGGAGAAGAAGGAAAGGGGGAAGGGUGGGGGUGGGUGGACGGCGAAGAGGAGUGGGAUGAAAGAUUUGGAUAAGAUAGUGCUUUAUAAAGCGAGUGUUGUUGAAAGUAAACACCCAGGGUUUGAUAGGGAGGGUUGGUUACUUUUUGUAUUGUUGAGGGGAGGGGAUUAUGGGAAGGGAUUGCAUGGUUGUGGGGUGUGGAAGGCAAGUAAGGUUGUUGAAUUGGGGUUUGCAAAGGAACUUUUUGAGGUGAUGAAAACAUCAGAGGAUCUCGAUACUUGGAGAACUAAAUUACGGAAACAUUUUGUGGACUCGAAUACAGGAGUCAGCGUGCCUUGGAAUUUUCCGGAUGAAAGAAUUUUAGGUCUCUAUAAGUCACCUACUGUUUCCUCUGUCGAAAGACUGAGAAAAUUGGAGAAUGUAUGGAGUGGAAGAAUUGAUGAGAGGAAACUACAACCUUUCUUGUUGGAGAAAUUUGAUUGGGGAAUCAAUAAAUAUCUCGACUACAUCGUCCCAAUCAUUCUCACACAAUCUCUCGCUUCCUUCGACCGGAAUGGAGAAUCGAACAUUGACGAGUACAAUCUCAUAUAUAUGGAAUCUGGACUAACUUGCAACGUGUGGUUCUCAUUGUUCGCGGUUACAUCUCUCGGAAAGGAAUGGGUGGAUAGGUGUGUUGAGGAUCUGAACAAAAAGCGCCCGAAGAGAUGGAAACGCUAUGAAAUACCAUGGGGAAAUGGACCGAUGGGGGAGGGUAAGGGAUUAUUGACAUGUGUUGUCAAGCAUGCGAUGGAACCAGAGAUUUCUCUAGUACCUGAUGCUGAGCCUGAACUUGAACAUUCGGUUUCCAAAAACAGGAGACGAUCUUUUUCACCACAUAGAAUGGUUCUUGAAGAUAGGACACGAAUGAAGAAACCUCGAGUUUCAAUUUCACCUCCAUUAACACCAACACCUCAGGAUCGAUUUACGGUUACGAAAGAAGAGAUAUCAAUUGAUAUUUCUUUGUAUGAGGAUUCAGACGAUGAUUUGUUUGGAUCUACAGAGGAAAUCUCAAAACCCCCGAGGCAAUCCACAGUUUUUGACGGUCAGGAAAGGCAGCGGGGCUAUUACACAAGUACCGAGAUGAAAUUGGAUUCUUCCAAAUCUCUCAAGUCAACUGGAAGCCAUGCCUAUAGGGUCAUAUCACCAUCACCAACUAAUCACAAACCUCAAUCAACUCAAGAUUCUCAGAUGAAUCUUCUCUCCAACUUCAAACACAGCGCUAUACCUCUUCCCCUCUCAACUCAAUCCACCCCUAUAAAUGAAGAAUACACAAACACAUUCCACAUCGCCAUGGACGAGCCUCUAGACUCAGACUCAGAAUUUGAAUUUGAAUUUCCAAACCCUCUUCCCUUCAACUGCCAACCCACCAAUCUCGAAAACGAUUCCACAACCGACUUCACAAACGACACCUUCACCAUCGCCAUGGACGAACCCCUCGAUCUGGAUCUCGAUCUCGAGUCCGAACCCGAGUCUCUGCACAUCACAUCCCAUAUUCCUUCAAACCCAGCUUCACAGCUGAACAACACAUCUUCAAGUUCAAACCUCUUGGGUACCAAUACCGAUCUCAACACCAACACCAAUAACUGGAUAUCACCACCAAAUCCCAACAUUCUUCUCUAUCCCGCCCAUCCUACAGGUCCUUAUCAAGAACUCGAUAUUUCGUCUUUUUUCUCAUCUGGGCUAUCGCAAUCCCAAUCACAAUCACAGUCAUAA